GUUUGAAGCCAUUCAAAUUGAAAAUAGUAAAUCAAGCUUAUAAUAAAUAUUUUUUACAAAUGUUUGCAUUUAAAAGUGCUUAUUGCUUAGAAAAGUUGUAUCCAAUGAGUAAUUUGAAUUUGUACACACCGACUAUUGCAUCAGAACAUUCUAUUGAAAAUUUUAAUGGGUAUAUACCAUUAAAAGAAAUUGAUGUAACAUAUAGCUCAAGUACUGGUCCAGGAGGACAGAAUGUGAAUAGAGUCAAUACAAAAGUAGAUAUAAGAUUUAAAAUAAAGAAUGCUUCUUGGAUAAGUGAUGAAAUAAAGCAAAAAUUAUUUAUGAAGUAUCAAAAUAAUAUAAACAAAGAUGGCUAUCUUAUCAUAAAAUCUGAUUUAACAAGAUCUCAGCAAUUGAAUUUAGCAGAUGCUUUACAAAAACUUAGAAAAAUGAUACAAGAUUUGUUUAUUAUACCCAAACAACCAACAAUUUAUGUACAAGAAAAAUAUAGGCAAAGGCAGAUUAAAGCGGCUCAAGAACGAGUAUUUAUUAAGAGGAAACGAUCAGAUGUAAAAAGAAAUAGACAAAUAAUUAUAAAAACUGAUUAAAUUUUAUUUGACUACAGAUUAUGUAUAAUUAAAUGAA